AAACAUAACUAUAAAAAAAUGAAAUGAAAAGACUCUUAAAUACACAUAUAAAACCACAUACUUAGCCUAUUUGGGUGCCUAGUGUCGGUGGUUUCUGAGGCUUUUACUGGUUCACAAAUGGGAAGGAAAUGCUCUCAUUGUGGGAACAAUGGCCAUAAUUCAAGGACUUGCAGUGGAUUUAGAAGGGGGGGGGUCCUAAAGCUUUUUGGGGUUCAGCUUCAUGUUGAUUCAUCUCCUUUGAAGAAGAGCUUGAGCAUGGAUAGUCUAUCUCAAACCACUUGUAUGAAUAAUCCUUGCGAUGAGCACUCUGAUAGCAAUAAUCCUUGCCAUGGUGGGGCUUCUUCUGAUAAUGGCUACCUGUCUGAUGGCCUCGUACACUCUUUUAGCAAGACCCAUGAAAGGAAAAAGGGUGUUCCAUGGACAGAGGAAGAGCAUAGGACAUUUUUAGCUGGGCUUGAGAAGCUUGGAAAGGGUGAUUGGAGGGGAAUUUCAAGGAAUUUUGUAACCACAAGGACUCCAACCCAAGUGGCUAGCCAUGCUCAAAAAUAUUUUCUUAGACAGACUAGUUUCAACAAGAAGAAACGUCGAUCUAGCCUCUUCGAUGUGGUUGGACCCAGUGGAGCAUUAGGUGACAAUGGUGGAGAUAAGGCGGCCCAAAAAACCUCUUCCACUCUUCCAUUACCCACCCCAGUGGCAAAAAACCCUUCUCAAUCAACUGAAUUCCCAGUUCCCACUCUCUCUCUAACCACAUCUGCCCCCAACUCCCAUGAAAUCACACAUCCCAUCAAUCAUAAACCUCUACAAACCCCAAAUGAAUCCCAAUACCUUCAAUUCCCUCUCAAUCAUCAAUUAGUGCCUGUGCUGCCGCCCCCCAAUUCUCUCUCUUCAUCCCGUGCUCUUGUUUCUCUUUCAUCCUUGCAAAAACCACCAACCCCUCUAUCUUCCACUGAUUUGGAGCUCACCAUCGCCUCUCCACAACCACAAGAUCGAAGCAAAUUAUCUCAGAGCUCUUUUUUAAUAGGAGCCAUUAGUGUGGUCUAAUUGAGAUCUAGCACACUUAAACAGGAGCUAACACUGUCUCAAAGAAGUUCCUACUUGCAUGAACCCCUGUGGUGUAAUUACUCAUGGGGAGAGAGAGAGAGAGAGAGAAACAGUCCCAUCCAUUGAGUUUUAUAUCUCCUUAGAAUCUAAAGGAAAAGUGGUGCUAUUACUUUGUGGAGUCGAUGGGAAUCAAAUAAAAGGACAAUGUUUAUAUAUGUUCAAAUAGAUAUAUUCAUAUAUGAGCUCCUGUAAGGAUA